AUGUCAUCUGUCGAUGGGUACUAUAACGCACUCAGGCAAUCUCUGCCGACAACAUCUCCUGUCACAAGGUCGUGGAAGGGUGAUGAAAACAACCUGUUUUCUCCCCUCGCCCUGUACUUCAGAGGUGAUGACUUUCCAACAGAAAAGAAGGGUGAGAAAACCAUGAUUGGACAGAAUGGUUGGCUUGAGUGUACAGAGCAAACCGACCGCAACAAAAUAAAACAGACGCCACAGAAGAAGACGGGCAUAUUGGAUGGCAUCCGGAAGAUUGCGAAGGAUGUGAGUCGACGAACUCAACCAGCUGCGAAAGGAUCGGUGGGUACACAUGCCGCAGUAUCGCUUGAUCCCAGGGAACAAAGCCUCUUGUACUGUGAGCUCGAGUUCAACCUUACGACGGCUCUCAAUACCUACAUCAGCGAAGAGCUCGACAAGGGCCACCUCUCCCCAGACAAUCUGAAGAGGGUAUCGGAUGAAUGGCACCAGAAAGGCCACCACAAGGUGAUCGGCUUCAGAUAUGACCUAGAGACACAGCUGGAGCUCGUCAGUCUUCACAUCAACGACUUCAGCUUCUACGGCCGCCGACAAGGCAAUACUACCGAGAUCGCCCUUCUGCUGAAUGAGAUGAAGAUGAAUGCGCGCAACAUGCGUAUCCGGACCUUCUGCCAACCGGAUACUACUGUUGCGAAGCACCUCGUUGACUCGCAGUCGCUGUUUAACUUGAUCAACGCUUCGGCCAGUCAGCAAAUUGCACUAGCGGAAAUAGCCCGUUUCUUCAAGCUGCUCUUGAAGUGA